UUAUAUUACAUGAAAGCUAUAUUUACACUGACAGUUUAAAAUAAUUUGUACAAGAAUUAUUUGAGCCUAGAGCCUACACCAGGAAGUACAUUAUUGACGAUCUCCUGCCCCCUUUUAUUUUUUCAGUUGUAGUUGGUUUAUUUGGUUUGGAGACUGUUCUUGAAUCGAUUGUUCAGACUUAGGAGCAGAUAGUAUACCAAAGUUAUUUGAUUUAUUUUUGACCUGCUGCCUUUCACUUCUUAAUUGUGUUUAUCUUGGUAUUUUUCUUACUUAUUUGCCAUAUAUUUAUUCCUUUGCAAUAUACUUACAAGGACUUAUGAUACAUUCUUCUGUUGUUUCUAUUUACUAACUAUUCACUUUUGCUUUUAGCAUCAUAUUUCUCCAAAUCUCUUCAUACAGGUUGUUGGUGGGAGGACCUUAUUCCUUGAUUCUAGGGAACACUGAAAGACAGGAUUUAUAUAUCUUUCACAAGAAGGGGGAGUACCAAGGUAGUAGUGGUGUAACUCACCGGGAACUUGGGUGAGGACAUUGAGGUGAAGAAAGAGGGAUAAUGAGUUAGGUAUGGCCUAAGGAGUGGGAAAAUACUCACUAGAGACACUUAGGAAUUUACCUGGGGCUAGGCAUUUGAGAGGGAAUUGAUAAUAUUUUUCUUGAAUAACUAAGUUGAGAACGCUGAUCUCUUUCAGAGACCCAUGGACCUAGAAUCCAGGACCAAUGGAACAGCUGUUACUGAGUUUAUCCUGCUUGGCUUGGUAGAGACACAAGUGCUACAACCAGUUGUCUUUGUAGUCUUCUUCUUUGCCUACCUGGUCACAGUCGGAGGCAACCUCAGCAUCCUGGCUGCCAUCUUCAUAGAGCCUAAACUCCACACCCCCAUGUACUUCUUCCUGGGAAACCUAUCAGUGCUGGAUGUUGGAUGCAUCACCGUCACUGUUCCCUCAAUGUUGGCUCGUCUCCUGUCCAACAAGCGUACAAUUCCCUAUGGAGCCUGCCUCACACAGCUUUUCUUCUUUCAUCAGUUGGCUGGUGUGGACUGCUUCUUACUGACAGCCAUGGCCUAUGACCGAUUCCUGGCUAUCUGCCAGCCCCUAACCUACAGCACCCGAAUGAGCCAGACAGUCCAGAGGAUAUUGGUAGCUGUGUCCUGGGCUUUAGCCUUCACCAAUGCACUGACCCACACAAUAGCCAUAGCCACACUCAACUUCUGUGGUCCCAAUGUGAUCAAUCACUUCUAUUGUGACCUCCCACAGCUCUUUCAGCUCUCCUGCUCCAGCACUCAGCUAAACGAGCUGCUGCUCUUCGGUCUGGGCAUCCUCAUGGCAGGUGCACCUGUGAUUCUCAUUGUCACCUCCUAUAUCCAUGUGGCAGCUGCAGUCCUACGAAUCCGCUCUGCUGAGGGCAGAAAGAAAGCUUUCUCUACAUGUGGCUCCCAUCUCACUGUAGUGGGCAUAUUCUAUGGGACAGGUGUCUUCAGCUACAUGAGGCUGGGCUCAGUAGAGGCCUCAGACAAGGACAAAGGGAUCGGCAUCCUCAACACUGUCAUUAGCCCCAUGCUGAACCCACUCAUUUACAGCCUCCGGAACCCUGAUGUGCAGGGGGCUCUGCGGCAGGUGCUCACAGGGAAACGAGCCCUUGUAUGAGGAGUGACUUAGGAGGGUAGAACCGCAGCAAUUUUUUCCUUCUCUCCUAGCUCCUUGAGCAAAAUGACUUCUGUUAGGAAGUAAGACUUCUUGUUCCCCAGGGAGGCUCUACCUAAUAAUAUGUGUGCAGGUUCUGUUGACCAGAAUCCUUGGCUAGUUGCCUUUUGGUCCUAGAUACCCUUUCCACACCAGAUGGAGGUGGGACCCAGGAAGUUCUGCAAGCUGGGAAACUCAUGGUCCUACAGGUAGAACCUUUGUUUAUUUUCUGCUGAAGACCCCAAAAAGACCCCAGCAAAGAUUCUCUCCAAACUGGGAUAUGGAAAGUCACAGCUUAGUACCAAGUGUUAGUACAUCCACCUGUCCGGGUUUCCCUGAAACAGCUUCCCCAACUUGCUUUGACACCAGGGUCCCACACAAGAUUCUAGACCUAGUACAGUAUAAUUUGAGACAUUGAGUACUCUGUCUACAUUGCAAGAUUCUAGGGUAUUUAACAGUGAGAGUUUAUACUUCCUUUGGGACUUUUUUUUUCCUAAAAUAGAAACACCAUUCAUUGAUUUUAAUUUCCCAUUAGAAAUUAUGUUUAUAAAAAUGAAAACAAAACAAAAUUUUGCUAGUAGAAAAUGAAAGUCAAAUCUUCACCCUCUCUACCCAAACCCUUCAUAAUUCAAUUUCCAGAAGAAACCGCUAUUAAGAAUUUGGUAGCAAAAAAAAAAAAAAAAAGAAUUUGGAGGCACCUGGGUGGCUCAGUGGGUUGGGCCUCUG